UGUAGGACCUUUGAUGGGCAUACUAUACAGCACCGGAUACGGAGCGCUCAUGGAAUACUGUCUCUAUGAGGAUGUAGUCUACUAGUAUUCCAGGCGCCUGAGGCGCUAGGGUCUCCCGCGAAAAAGACGGCUAGUUAUUCCCCAACACCACACAUAAUUCAUGUCCACUACUAUGAAGAUUAUUGACAAAUAGCUCAAAACCACGGAGCCUUCCUCUCUAUACUAUCUCUCACGGGGAGACCCUACUCUAAGGCUUACAAAGACGUCGAGUUUGAUAAGUAUUCCAAGCAGCAAGAUUUGGUACUUCCACGAUCAUCAUUUAGUAGGUCCUCAGACAGCAUGACUCCGUCCAGCAAAGUUCAGAGAAUCUCUGGUACAGUGCAAUUCCCUGGGCAAUGAACAGGUAAACAGACCAUAUCAGACCCGGUACGUGUCAGGGUUUGUCACGCGUUUCCCACUCAUUCAGAUUACUCCGUCCUGGAAAGUUCAGAAAAUCUGUGGUACAGUGCAAUCCCCUGAGCAAUCAACAGGUUCAAAUAGGUAAUAUCCGGCGUGGGACGUGUGAGGGUUUGUCACGCGUUUCCCGCUGAUUCAAGUUCUGCUCUCAUGCUGUCUCAUAUAUCUUGCACAUCAAGUUCUUCUCCCCUCUCUGCUCUGUUCUUAUACAUCUCACACAUCUUCUCUCACAUCUCAUUUUGCUCUCGCAUAUCUCCCACUAGAGCUCGGAGCGGACUAUCUUUCCCUGGUCUUACGAGCCUUGAUCGAGCUGUCUUCCUCGUCUACACGUGUGCUGUCCUUGUUUUACAUCUCAAUCAGAGGACACGAUGGCGUCCCCACCAGAAAUUCAAAGCACCUUGGAAGAGCUCGGGGUACAAGACAUCUCCGGUUUUGACAUGUCAAUCGACGAAUAUGCACCGGCACCCGAGGCAUCGAAGGAAGACUACAAGGAGCUAUCCGUCCUUCGAACGAGGAAGCAAUACAUUACAAGUCUGAAGCAAAGAACGACGACACCGAGGACAGCGCUUUUUGCACAGAUGUGCGACAAUGCCGUCACGAAGGCACUCAGAGCUCACGAUCAGAGCACAAGCCACACGGAAGAUGACUCAACGGCAUACAUUCAGGUGUUUGCACUGGACCAGUGGAGGGAAUACAACCGGCAUUUGUUCUCCAUCCCGAAUACAGGGAUGGAGAAACUUUUUGAGAUGGUCCGACUGGGCCGAGAAAUGGAAUUGCUCGCUCGGUAUAGGGAUUACAUGGCCAUGUUUCUUGGCAACUCUGACCGAGUGGCGAAGAUGUACCACCUACAAGCUCACGACGAGCAAUCGCUGGACGGAUAUUGGAAGCGUAUCCAGAAGCGCCUGCAAAGCGAUCAGGGGAAGGAAUUGUCCGAGGCCAUUGACAGGGUCUGCGAGAUCCUUGGUGUUGAUUGCGGAACGACAUUUUGGAUGAUUAAGAAUUACCCCGAGAGCUGUGAAAAGUUCCACUCAGACAUCGAGGAAGGAAUCACUGCUGGACAGACGCAAGACGUUGCCAUUACACUCCACAAGGAUCUGACAGAAUUGGACAACAUCUUCCCAUACGAUGGUUCGCAGCCAGACGGGAUUUCAACUCGAGAAGAUCUUCGGGCAACGAUAUUACGCAUUAUCACAAGGCUGUUCGAUUGGAGUGAUGGAAGAGAAGAUCAGCCGCGGUUUUGGAGAUUGACAGAGGAAGGUCUUGCAAUGCAAGAGAAGCAACUCGGCCCCCGACCAAUGAGCAAGAUAUUGCGAUAUGAGGCACAAGAACAGGCGAUUUAUAAGAAGUGGAUGCGCAAGCUCGCCGAAAGGGCCAUGUCUGACAUGAAGUCGAAGAAGAGAAAGUUUACGGAACUGGACUUGCGAGAGGUAAAGGCGUUGCGAGAUCUUGAAUGGGUGGGAGACCCUCUCGGGUAUAUGCAACAGGCAGAAGAGAUGGAACAGGCAUCUAAGCGAUUACGGCUACAGGCAAGGCAGUCAAUAUGGACCUUGUUGGCCUCUAACGGCUUGGAGGACUCGGAAGAAGAAUGAGCAGGUCGGCAGACUUAGAAGCAGGAUGACAGGGCAUCAAGGGAACACCCAAGCAGGCGGCAUGCUCCUAGUGAGCGCCCUGCGAGGGCGUCCUGCUCCAGUGUCCGGUGAGAGUAUUCUGCUUGAGUAUCCUGUGAAGCGUUACCUACCUAUCCAGGAGUGCCCUACUAGAGGCAUAAUAAUAAAGUUACUCGAUUCGG